CAGCUAUACGUAUAGUAUAACCAAUACGUGACAGCCCUCUCUCUCUCUCUCUCGCUCGCUAAUUGAGCAAGAGCCUCGCUCGAAGACGAUUCAUUCUACUUUGAAAGGCGGACUAUAUUUUUAAAGAAAAGAGGCCAAACCCGAAACCCCAGGAUCAAAUCAUCGACGAUUUUGGCCAGAAAUUCGGCUUUACAGACAUCCCGACCCGGAAGUCUGGAAAUUUUUUCAAACACGAAGAGAAAUUACCUGGGGCAAGAUCCGACUACGAAAUUAAUCAAAUAUCUCACAAAGUUUACUCCUUACUCCCUUUUGCGAAUUUUAGGACUUUCAGACCCGAAAAACUAUGAGUAUCUCUGUAUUGAUUUUUUAUCUCUCAACUGUAUUUUGUCAACCAGGGCGUUUUUUCCACAAGUGUUCCCGAUAUUGUAAUCAAGGCCGCUUGCCACGAGCCAUUUCCAAGGCAGAUUUUUCCUAUUGGGUUUGCCCUCUUUCGAAUUAUGCGAGUCAAUUUUUAAGAAAGAAUUUCAAGUUUUUGAAACCAGUGAUUUUGUGAUGAAUUUCAGAUGUAUUUUUAUCAUGUGUGAAGGAAAGUCGAGUGAUGUGCAAGAGAUUUAAAGUGGUCACCGACAUGCGUACUGUUGUGGACGUCAUCACAACCCUGGAGAGAGUGGCGAUCACCAAAGAAGUGCUUGAGGUAACGAGGCUCGGGAAAUAUGUAAAUGACAUUCGAAGAAAAUUGAGCAAUGCCGAGUUGGCCAGGCGGAUGAAGGAUUUGGUGCGGCGAUGGAGGACAUGGAUUAAUCAUAAAAAUGAAGCAAUUCCGGCCGAACCUCCGCCACAAACAGUCGUCAAUGGAGUUAAAUCUCCUAGUCCGGCUCAAAGAAGUCCAGCUUUACGGGGGUUGCAACCUCAAAGUCCAAUGCUAAAAGCUGCAGCACCUUUUAAGGUGCUGAGCCCGGCCUUGUCGGUGAACAGUGAGUCUUCGCGUUCACCAAAUGUAUUUCCUGGCAGACAGCCGACUGUAACAGUAGCCAGCAAUCACAGGCUGAAUUUUACCGGGUCACUUCAGGAGAGCCGACCCGUCAACCAGCAGAAUCAUACCACGGAAGCAGUACCCCGGACCCACAGUUCGAACAAGCGUCUGCGAAAAAACGAGCCAGUCAAUCAGCCAGGUCCAUCCCAUGCAGCAGCAGCAGCAACAGCAGCAAGCAGUAGUGAACCUGCGGCGAAACGGCCGCGCCUCAACGGCGAAGGUGGUUGUUCCUCUAGCCGAGAAAAUUCGCAAGUGCCUAGCCCAAGCCCCUCUCUCAGCGAGCCAAAUUCACAGCAUGCGGCGGAAUCUGCCGCCCCGAGUCCCGACUGCAAUCCCACUCUGAAGAAACGCGGUCGCAAGAAAGGCAGCAGCAGCAGCAGCAGCAAGUCCAUCAAGCUGCAGCAGCAGCAGCAGCAGUCUCUCGACGAAGACGUGAAGGAGAAGCUGGCCAGCAUUGGUCGUAAUCCAAAAGUGAAAACGACCCAGGAAUUACUCGCGGAUCUUCAAGCUCGCGGAUCAAACUCGAGCCAAACCCAAAAUCCGUUACCUAGUCACAGUAUAGACCCACCAAAUGUUGAGGACGUUCUCAGGAGCGAAGAUGGACCCAAGUCCAAGUACCUGCGCUCAACUCGUAACAACUUGAGCGAAAAUGCAACCUUGCAAGGUCGAUUGUCACAGUCCGAGGAAAAUCUAUCAAGAAACUCGUUGUCGUCGUCGGCGAAACAGGGAAGAAAGAAGGAGAAUUCUGUGUGCAAUUUGGCUCUUGAAGAGGAGCACUCGCGGCCCUGGCGAGAUCUCAGCCCGGAGGAGAUUCUUGCCAAGUUACCGCCCUUGGAUCCGAAAUUGAUCGAGUGGAGCGAUUGCGAGGAGGAUCGGAAUGAGGAGGAGAUGGAGAAGGAGGUCGAGCGUCCUCCCCGAGAAGUCACCGAACAGGAUCUCGAGAGGCUGAACACGGAGUGUGUCGAGGGACUCAAUGGGAACUUCCAACCGAAGCUUUCGUCUCUUACCGCGGAGGAGAGUGAAAAGGCUGAUAUGCAGGAAGUCGCGGUGAAUGUAAAAAAGUUAGAUUUGUACAGGCGUGCGGACGAGCGGAAAGACGAGGAAUUUCGAGAGUGGCACGAGAUGCUCGCGAGACCGAGUUACGACAGCCAAAUCCUCCACAUAUUGCCUUAUGUUAUCAUCGAUUAGUCAUUAUUACUAUUGUUGUCUCUUUUUUUUUCUUCUUUUCUAGUAGCCUUCCCGAUUUGAACACCCCCGAUUGAUCGUUGAAUCGACCCGAAAUGUUUUUUUUUUUUGUCUCCCUGGAUAUUGUUUUUGAGGAGUUGAGAGAAGUGCGGUAGGAGUUUUUGGAAGAGGGAGAGUUUGAAUUUGCUGGAUUUCAUUGAGAGGAAAGUAUUUUUUCUUUUAUUGUUACAGGACUUUGAGAUUUAGUCAAUUACUUGUCAAAUAAAAAAAAAUUUGUCGACUCUCUUGGGAAUGAAGGUCAGUUUUACUUUCAUCGGAAAGAAGAACUUUCUGCUCGCAUUUCUCGCAUCGAAACACAUCGUUUUGAAAAAUUCGAUAGAUCGAUGUUGGUAAGACUUAUUCUGAAUUCCUGGAAUACCCGGGUGUCAUCGAAUUUCUUGGAAGUUUCUGUUAUUCACUGAAUUUCUUGAAGCAUAUGAGGCAUUUGGAUUCUGCAAAUAUUCUUGAAUUCAGCGAAAUUUCCUAAAUUCUGCGAAUUCUUUAAAACUACUUGUAUUUCUGGUGUCCUAGAUUUCUCGGAAAUUCUUGAAUCUAUUGAUAUUCUUGAGUUUCUUGACUUAACAGAA